GUUGCCUCGGUAACCGUGUGGCGAUUGGGAAAGAUGGCUGGGCGAAACCGUGGUCUGAGGAAACGCAGCGUCCCAGGGACUCCGCUCCCGCCACGCGUUCAGAAGUCCGUUACACCUCGACCGGACCUCCUAGCCAAGGAGGAAGAAUAUAAGCGUUUAAAUGCAGAAUUGGAAGCAAAAACAGCUGACCUGGUUCGACAAGCUGAUGAAGUAAUAAGAGAUCAGCAAGAAGUACGAUCUAGGCCUAUUUCCACACAAAUUAAAUCAUACGAAGAGGAAGAUGAUUACAACUUAAGAGGUCUGUUAUCAUCUGAAGGCACAGCUCAUCUUCAUUUAGAAACUAAGCCAAAGACCAAAAACAUUGGUUCAAUAAACAAGGUUCAAAACAAACUACAAUCUGCAAAUAAAGGAAUGAAACCAAAUUCAAGUGUUAAAUCAAAAUACUCUGAUGUAGAAACUGCUAAUGAUGUUGCCAUUCCAGAGGAUUUAUCAGACUUUUCUCUUGCAAAAACAAUAAGCAAAAUUGAAGGGCAACUGGAGGAAGAAGGCUUACCUGAAUAUAUAGAUGAUGAAAUUUUCUCUGGGGUUAGUAAUGACAUUGGAACAGAAGCGCAGAUCAGAUUUCUAAAAGCCAAACUCCGUGUUAUGCAGGAGGAGUUGGAUAAUGUUGUUUGUGAAUGUAAUAAAAAGGAAGAUGAGAUUCAGGAUUUAAAGUCUCAAGUAAAAAAUUUUGAAGAAGAUUGUUUGAGACAGCAGCGAACAAUUAAUAUGCAACAGUCUCAAAUAGAAAAGUAUAAAACUCUUUUUGAAGAAGCAAACAAAAAAUGUGAUGGAUUACAGCAACAGUUAUCUUCAGUAGAAAGGGAAUUGGAAAAUAAAAAAAGAAUACAAAAACAGGCUGCAAGCAGUCAAAGCGCCACAGAGGUUCGCUUGAAUAGAGCUCUAGAAGAAGCAGACAAGUAUAAACUGGAGUUAAGUAAAUUAAGGCAAGAUAAUAAGGAUAUAGCAAAUGAAGAACAUAAAAAAAUUGAAGUGUUAAAAUCAGAAAACAAGAAACUAGAAAAACAAAAAGGAGAAUUAAUGAUAGGAUUCAAGAAACAAUUAAAAUUAAUUGAUGUUUUAAAAAAGCAGAAGAUGCAUAUUGAAGCUGCCAAGAUGCUAUCUUUCACUGAACAGGAAUUUAUGAAGGCACUUGAAUGGGAAAAUUCAUAAAUGAUCUACUUCAAUUAGUCUCUAUGACUGUGUGAUGGAUAUCCAUUUUAUUUGACUUAAGUUGUAAUGG